AUGUCUGCUUGCAACACUUUCACUGAACACGUCUGGAAACCUGGUGAAUGUAAGAACUGCUUCAAGCCCAAAAGCUUGCAUCAGUUACCCCCAGUAUCUGAAAAAAAACCCCUCUCACACGGAAAUCUGAAAUCCAAUGCAAACCAAAGUAACAGCCAUCGUGGGAGAAACACAGGAAAUUUCCGACCCCCUGUGGCAAAGAAACCCACUAUAGCUGUGAAACCCACCAUGAUGGUAGUAGAUGGGCAGGGCGUAUGUGGCGAAAUCAGCACACCAGAUCAUUGUGAGAAUAAAUCGGUGCCUGCAGGCUGGAACCGAAACAAAGCUGUCUUGAACAAAAAACCACUGAACAAUAAUAAUGAAGAUGAAAUUGAAGGUUAUAGCCAUGUUCAUAGGCCUUAUGGCAACAAUGAUGGUGUAGGCAAAAUACCAAAUAACAAUAAUAAUGGACUGACAGAAGUUUUGAAGGAGAUUGCGGGUUUGGAUACCACACCUCAGCUAACUGGAAAUGAAAUGAACUCAAGAGAAACCUUCUUGGGAAGAAUAAAUAGUUGUUAUAAAAGAUCAUUAGAAAGAAAGAUCCCUCCAAGCUGCAUGAUGGGUGGAAUGAAGGAUUCACACAGUAAGCACGUUAUUCUGAGUGGAAGCACUGAAGUAAUAAGUAAUGAAGGUGGACGUUUCUGUUAUCCAGAGUUCUCUAGUGGAGACGAGAGUGAGGAUGACACGUUUUUUGGCAGCAUGCAAGAAGAGCAUGAGAGCUGGGAUGAAAGUGAUGAAGAGUUGCUAGCAAUGGAAAUUCGUAUGAGGGGCCAACCUCGCUUUGCUAAUUUUAGAGCUAACACCCUAUCUCCUGUUCAGUUCUGUGUUGACAAAAAAUGGAAUACUGUGCCCCUUAGGAACAAGUCACUCCAGCGGAUCUGUGCAGUAGAUUAUGAUGACAGUUACGAUGAAAUUUUAAAUGGUUAUGGGGAAGAGACUGUGAUUCUUUAUGGGCAAGAGAGCAUGCAGAGCAUGGUAUCUUCCGAUUCUACAUCUCCUGAUUCUUCUUUGACAGAAGAGUCUCGUUCUGGAACAACCAGCAGUUCUUCACAGAAGCUUUGUAAUGGAGGGUUAUCUCCUAGUACUCCUCAGGACCUCAAAUUGAUUGAACCAGAAUAUGAAAGUCUUUGUGAUAAUCAACAAGUGAAGGAUGUGUCAAAAACUCCCAGAAGUGUUCCGAAAAGUUCAGAAACUCACAAGGCAGUCCUUGCACUUCGACUGGAAGAGAAGGAUGGCAAAAUUGCUGUGCAGACUGAUAAGCAAGAGACUAAAAGUUCUUCAGAUGUUGCUGGUCAAGCCGUAACUAUAAAUUUGGUGCCUGUGGAAGAGCAAGCUAAACCUUACAGGGUGGUGAAUAUGGAACAACCAGUUUGCAAGCCAUAUACCGUGGUAGAUGUAUCAGCUGCCAUGACCAAUGAAUGUAAAGAGAAUCAGACAGAAACCUCAGAAACCAAAAAUACAUCGUCUAACCCAAGCUCACCAGUAACUCCAGGCACACCUAUUGCAUCCUCCGCAGCAUCACCUGUACGAGUGAAUGCUAAUCUGAAAAAGUCCAGCGCAAUCAGAUAUCAAGAAGUGUGGACUUCUAGUACUAGUCCACGACAGAAGAUACCUAAGGUGGAGUUAAUUGCUAACAGCUCAGGACCUUCUGUUCCUCCUAGGAAGACAAGCCACAAAUCGGCUCCUACUUCACCUACAGCUACAAACAUUUCUUCAAAAACGAUCCCAGUUAAGUCUCCCAAUUUAUCUGAGAUAAAAUUCAACAGCUACAAUAAUGCUGGCAUGCCACCUUUUCCUAUUAUCAUUCAUGAUGAGCCCACCUAUGCUAAGAGUUCCAAAAAUGCUGUUAAAGUCCCUAUUGUAAUCAAUCCAAAUGCAUAUGAUAACCUGGCUAUCUAUAAAAGUUUUCUAGGGACCAGCGGAGAGCUGUCUAUCAAAGAUAAAACUACUAGCGUAAUAAGCCACACCUAUGAAGAAAUAGAAACAGAAAGCAAAAUGACUGAAGCCGUAGGAAGUAAACCCGCUGAGUUUUCCCAAGCGAAGGGGGUGACUAAUAGCUCUGAAUGUAGGCUGGGUUCUGUGGCUCAAAAGGUCCAAGAGUUUAAUAGCUGUCUCAGUAAAAGUCCGAUAUCACCACAGAGAAGUCAUAGUUCUGACCACAGCUCCCCAUCAAGAGCUCAAAAGACAACACACGAGCCUGCAGCAAAAACAGAUGUAACACCAGAGGCUUCUGUUGGCAGCAGCAGUGGUAGAGAGAACGCGAGCACGGUGCUAUCACAGAUUGUGGCUUCUAUCCAGCCUCCGCAGUCUCCUCCAGGAACGCCUCAGUCUGGACCCAAGUCUUGUAGUGUAGAAGAACUGUAUUCCUUACCCCCUGAUGCAGAUGCUACUAAAACCACCCUGGUACGACCCAAAUCUCUGUUUACAUCACAAUCUGAAAUAGAGUCAUCCAAGACGGUAGAAAACACUGCCAUGAAAAUGCAGAAAGAUUCACUUUCACAGCCAGUUGCCACUCACUCUCCAAAGCCAGUGAGAGCCACCCCAAAUACCACAAGUCCCAAAACAGAGCAGGCACCGCCAUUUCCUCCUCCACGGUCCACUUCUUCACCCUAUCAUGCGAGUAACUUGUUGCAAAAACAUUUCAGCAAUUGGACCAAGCCAAACAGUCCCACCAGGUCGACAGAGGCUGAGUCGAUCCUUCAUUCAGAAGGCCGGCGAGCUGCUGAUGCAAAACCCAAACGCUGGAUAUCAUUUAAGAGCUUCUUCCGCCGCAGGAAAACGGACGAUGAGGAAGAUAAAGAGAAAGAAAGAGAGAAAGGAAAAUUGGUGGGUCUUGAUGGAACUGUUAUACAUAUGCUCCCCCCUCCUCCAGUUCAACGUCAUCACUGGUUCAGUGAGGCAAAGUCAGACUCCAGCGAGAAGCCGUCGAUCGUUUUCAUGUAUAGAUGUGAACCGGCACAAGCUGAACCAACGGCUGAUCAUCAAAACAAGAGUGGAGCGGAGUCUGCGAUCGCAGACGCACUAGCAAAAGACAAAGGAGAAACGCAGGAAAAGUUUCCAGAGGGCUCUGAACAGAAAAUAGAGAGCCACUCAUCACCACCUCAGAUUCCCAAGAAAAUCCCCAGUCAAGUGCCCGACGAUACGACACUGGAGGAUUUGUCCCCUCGUGUUCCUAGAGCCGUGUUUGUGAAGCAGGACAAUGGCGGCAGUGCCUCAGUCAUACCAGUAUCAUCUGUCCGUGUCCCACAAGGGGACGAAGAAAAGGAAGAAGCUUCAAAUUCUCCUGACUUAAAUCCUUGCAGUGCUACAUACAGCAAUUUAGGACAGUCCAGAGCAGCCAUGAUACCUCCGAAACAGCCAAGGCAACCGAAGGGAGCUUUGGAUGAUGCCAUUGCCUUUGGAGGACUAGCAGACCAGGAGACAAUGAACAACUUACAGCCAACACCACCUCCACUGCCAAAGAAAACAAUUUUGAGAGCUAACACGGAGCCAACUCCCAGAGAUCUCCAGAAACAGGCUCUGGAGAACAACCUGUGCAUUGUGGCCAAUCCCACCUACGAUAUUGACACCAACUGGGAAGCAAGCAGCGCCUGCUCUUCGGUCAGCCUAGAGCUCAAGAUACUGGACAACGAGUCAGGAGAUUCCUUGGACAGGCCUACAGAAAAAUUAAGGGCAACCACCUCAGCAACUAACAGUGUUUCCAGCCUAACCACUAUCAGUAUUAAGGACCGGUGUUCCAAUAGCAUGGAGUCUCUAACAGGGAGACGCAUCUCGCAGACUAAGCAGGGCAAAGGUGUCCAGAAGCCGCAAAGGCAAGCACUUUAUCGAGGAAUUGAAAACCGAGAAGAGGUGGUAGGUAAAAUCCGAAGCCUUCACGCUGAUUCACUGAAGAAGCUGGCACUUAAAUGUGAAGACUUGUUCAUGGCCGGACAAAAAGACCAGUUGCGAUUUGGGGUGGACAGCUGGUCAGAUUUCAGGCUAACCAGUGACAAGCCAUGCUGCGAGGCAGGUGAUGCAGUUUACUACCCAGCUUCUUAUGCAAAAGAUCCUCUCAACAAUUACGCAGUCAAGAUUUGUAAGAGCAAAGCUAAGGAAUCCCAGCAGUAUUAUCAUAGCCUAUCUAUCCGGCAGAGUCUGGCUAUCAACUUUAACAUCCAACAGGACUGUGGCCAUUUCCUUGCUGAAGUGCCAGUUCGUCUCCUUCCGUGGGAGGAUGCUGAUGCACCAGAGGUAGAAGAAGAAGAGCAGGAAGAAGAGGAGAAAGAGCCUGAGCAAAAGAACAGAGACACUCCUUCCAAUACAGAGGCUUCACAGAAAGACAGUUCAAGCAACCAGGGGACUAUCAGCAAGCCACGCAGCCGUGUUGUGGUCAUCACACGGGAGGUCCCAUACCUAACAGUGGCCGACUUUGUGAGAGAAUCUGCGCCCCGCCAUGCAAAAAGCCCAGAUUUAUAUGAGAGGCAGGUCUGUCUACUCCUUUUACAGCUGUGUUUGGGCCUGGAGCACCUGAAACCUUAUCAUAUCACACACUGUGAUCUGCGGUUAGAGAACCUGCUGCUGGUUCAUUCCAGACCAGGAGGCAGCCCUCUGAGCUCUGAGUCCAUGGAACCCAGUCCCAACACGGCUUGCCCAGCCAGAUUAAUAGUGAGCAAUUUCUCCCAGGCUAAGCAGAAGAGUCAUAUGAUGGAUCCUGAGGUCCUACGGGAUCAAUCCCGCCUGGCUCCAGAAAUCAUCACUGCAACACAGUACAAAAAGUGUGAUGAGUUCCAGACUGGCAUCCUCAUCUACGAGAUGUUGCACUUACCCAAUCCCUUUGAUGAGAAUCCGGAGCUGAAGGAGAAGGAGUAUACUCGUGCUGAUCUCCCCAAGAUUCCUUGCCGUUCUCUUUACUCUCAAGGGCUUCAACAACUUGCCAGCUGCCUGCUGAAUCCCAACCCUUCAGAGAGGAUCCUGAUAUCAGAAGCAAAGGGAAUCCUUCAGUGUUUGCUUUGGGGUCCACGCGAGGACUUGUUCCAUGCUCUAAGUACAUCUUCCAAUCCCUCACGGAGAGAUGCUGUACUUCAGAACUGGCUGGAUAUAAAAAGGACGCUGCUGAUGAUCAAGUUUGCAGAGAAGUCCUUGGACAGGGACUGUGGAGUUAUUCUGGAAGACUGGCUUUGUUGUCAAUAUCUGGCUUUUGCCACUACAGACUCACUUCAUCGCAUUGUGAGAAUCAUGCAGCAGCACUAG